ACACGUGAUCUUCAUUUUGAGGCUUUAUGCACUACUUUGAACAGUAACAAGCUUUUGAAACAUUUGGGCCGAAUGGAUCAACUUCGUGUGAGACUUUAUGGAAUCUUUUGGAUGAUAAUAUUUCAGGGGCAAUCUACUAAGAAAACGAUGUGGGACAUGUGUAUAUGAAGCAACACAACAGACUCAACUUGUGUCAAACGACAAAAUGACAAUUUUGCCUGACAUUUUGCCUUCUUUGGUCAAGUGAGGCCUAUGAUAUGUACUAUAGUCUGCCGUUGUAGGGGACCCAAAAACCUUGGGUUUUGGAAGUGACUUCGUUUUCACAUGGCCACUAUUGGCAUUAGAUUUGGAGCAGCACAAUUAGAUGCUCUCUUCAUCAUCACUUCCUUGUUAUCAUCAUUAUUAGGGUUUCUUUUUGCCCCAGAAGAGAAACCCAUGUCAGGUGUCUGCUAAGAUUUCAAAUUUUCAACAACCAUAUGGUUGGUCAACUGCUACUGCAAAGUUGACAUUUUCUCAGGCAUGUUUCCUUAAAUGCUUUGUUUUGCCUAUGGUUGCUUGUUUUCCUCAAUGUAUGAGUUGGGUUUAAUCCCAAAACAAGCAAAGAUAAAAACUUUGUUCAAAACCACCACAUGGGUGGUAGUAGUGGCACUCUUUCUCUCUCUCACACACACAUUCCAACCUCAAACUCUAAACAAGGCCUAAUUUGAAUUUUAGAUAUCCUAUUUUCAAAAUGUAUAGGGUUCACUCUCAAAUCCUUCUCAGCAAUGGUGCUAUUACCAACCCCCCUAUUCUUUCUCCAUAUUCUUCUUCUUCUUCUUCUUUACCCUUGGUGCCUUAUGUUUCCAACUAUCAGAAACAAUCAGCUCCGUCCCCGGCUUCUUCAUCCGGGAACAAAAUAAGCCCUGCAAUUCUUUUCAUCAUAGUCAUUUUAGCUGUGGUGUUUUUCAUCUUGGGUCUCCUUCACUUGCUUGUUAGAUUUCUCAUAAAGCAUAGGUCUUCUAAUUCAUCAAUUUCCCAAUCAAAUAGGUACCCUGACAUGUCCGAAUCAGAUGCUUACCAGAGACAGUUACAACAGCUCUUUCAUCUUCACGAUUCAGGCCUGGAUCAGGCUUUCAUAGAUGCUCUCCCCGUCUUCUUUUACAAAGAGAUUAUAGGCCUGAAAGAGCCAUUUGAUUGUGCUGUUUGCCUCUGUGAGUUCUUGGAACAAGACAAAUUGAGACUGUUGCCCAUGUGUAAUCAUGCUUUUCACAUUGAAUGCAUAGAUACAUGGUUGUUGUCCAAUUCAACUUGCCCUCUCUGUAGAGGGACUCUGUAUUCACCAGGCUUUGCCUUUGAGAACUCAGCUUUUGACUUUGAAAGUCAACUUGAGGAAGAUGAGGUGUCAAGCAGUGGUGGAGGUGGGGUUGGGGUUGGUUCUUUUCACAAAACUGUAGAAAGCCACAUAGUGAAUGGCAAAAGGGUGUUUUCUGUUAGGCUUGGAAAAUUCAGAAGCACAAACAACGGAGAUGGAGUGGAGAGAGGUGAAUGUGAGAGCAGUAGUGGAAAUUUGGAUGUUAGGAGAUGCUAUUCAAUGGGGUCUUUUCAGUAUGUGGUGGCUGAUUCAGAUCUGAGAGUGGCUCUAGGCCCUCCUAGAGGUGAUGGAGGCAGUGGCAGCAUGAGACAACUGAAAGGAAGAACAGCUCCAAAUGGAAGUUCUUUCAUUGAUGGGGAUAUUGAGGGUAAGAAAAUCAACAUUGCAAGGAAAGGUGAAAGCUUUUCUGUUUCCAAGAUCUGGCAAUGGUCUAGGAAAGAUAAGUUGUCAGGUUCAUCUCAUGCUCACUUCCAUAAUUCUACUCUCACUGCAACUUUGCCAUGGAUGAAUAAAGCCAGAGGUAUCUGAUACAUGAAGCUAGUUUGCAUUUUGUACUUUAACUAAUUCAUAUGUUCAUUGAAGGAAUCCUUUUAUUGAGCUUCUGCUUCCUCUCACACUUUGAUUUUACUUUUUUUAUAUUUGUAGUGACAGAACUUGUAAAUUGUGCCAUAAACAUAAUCAGACAAUGUUCUUUGAGCAACCAUUAAUUAAUCUCGAGUAUGCGGAAAGACUACAUAACUCUUAAUUC